CGCCUGCAGAUCUGUGCUAGCCGGGAAUGGGCGAGGUUGCUUGACUUGGUUUACAGUCUGGUCUGUUUCCCUUCCUGAGCGAGGCUUACUUUAAGCUUGUGCCGUACCCUCUUUUUAAUUCACCCCCGCAGGGCCACUUUCAGUUCCUCCUUCAUUUCGACGCUCGAGCGCGAACCCAGAGCCGCAAGCCCGACUUGGAAUUUUCUUCCCGUCAGGCUUCUCUCCCUGCUUUAAGAAGGAAGGCACUGGCCAGCCGCCAACGCCCGCGCCCGGCAUCUUCUCGCAGCUGAGCCCUGCACGAGCUGUCCACCCACACCACUCCGGCUCUGUUGUCGCUGACGAGUUCAGCCCGCCAAGAAAGAGGCUGCCCAACAGCGCUGAACUGCCGGCGCUAUCGAUUGACCGACUGUUUUAGCCGCGGUCGAGAGAAUCUCCCGACUGGCGCGCGUGCUUUCUGUAAGGGGAUUGAGGGUCCAAGUAAAUUCGGAGGAGCUUUCUCUUGAACAAAAACAGCUGCAAUGUCGGACGCCAAGGAGCAAGCACCGCAAGGUGUGGCCGACGAGCCACCCGUCGAUAACGCCGCCAAGCCCGCCCCAGCGGAGCCCACGGCGGCCCCCGUGGUAGCGUCGGGACCCGGGUUCGAGCGGCCUGGGGGCUGGAUGUACAAGCGGUGGAAGGUGGCGGGGCGCAAGUUCAACAUCUGGUACGCGUCGCCCAAGGCGCAGCUGCUCGUGGUGUCGAUGGUGUGCUUCCUGUGCCCCGGCAUGUUCAACGCCCUCACGGGCCUGGGCGACGGCGGGCUCAGCGACAACGCGAGCGUGCAGGCAAAGGCAAACACGGCCCUCUACUCGACCUUUGCCGUCGUCGGCUUCUUUUCGGGCACCUUCGCCAACCGGCUCGGCAUCAAGGCCACCACGGCCCUCGGCGGCCUCGGCUACUGCAUCUACGCCGCCAGCCUCCUGACGUACAAGCACACGCAGAACGGCGGCUUCUGCAUAUUCGCCGGCGCCUUCCUCGGCGUCUGCGCCGGCCUGCUGUGGUGCGCCCAGGGCGCCAUCAUGAUGUCGUACCCGCCCGAGUCGCAAAAGGGCCGCUACAUCAGCUGGUUCUGGGUCAUCUUCAACCUCGGCGCCGUCGUCGGCGCCUUCAUCCCGCUCGGCCAGAACGUCAACAACAUCACGGGCCCCGCCACCGACGGCACCUACAUCGGCUUCAUCGUGCUCAUGGUGCUCGGCGCCACCCUGGCCCUCUUCCUCUGCAACAGCACCGACGUGGUGCGCGAGGACGGGUCCAAGGUCAUCGUCAUGAAGAACCCGUCGUGGCAGUCCGAGAUCUGGGGGCUCUGGGAGGUGCUGAUCGAGGCGCCCUGGAUCGUCGCCCUCUUCCCCAUGUUCUUCUCGUCCAACAUCUUCUACGCCUACCAGCUCAACAACAUGAAUGGUGCCCUCUUCAACACCCGCACCCGCUCUCUCAAUAACCUGCUCUACUGGCUCGGCCAGAUCUUCGGCGCCAUCUUCAUGGGCUACGCCCUCGACUUCCCGGGCGUCCGCCGCUCCAUGCGCGCAAAGAUCAGCUUCGGCGUCCUCUUCGCCCUCACCUUUAUCAUCUGGGGCGGCGGCUGGGCCUUCCAGAGCAAGCAGCCGACGCGCGCCUUCGUCAAGGCCAAGGACAGCCCCUACGUGCACAUUGACUGGACCGACGGCGGCGAGCACUACAUCGGCCCGGCCUUCCUGCUCAUCUUCUACGCCGUCUACGACGCCGUCUUCCAGACCUCCAUCUACUGGUACAUGGGCGCCCUGUCCAACUCGGGACGCAAGACGGCCAACAUGGCCGGAUUCUACAAGGGCAUCCAGUCUGCCGGCGCCGCCGUCUUUUGGAGCCUGGACGGCGUCAACCAGCUCGAGUUUAACACCAUCUUUGGUGCUACUUGGGGUCUCCUGGCGGCCAGCAUUCUCAUCGCCGCCCCCAUCAUCUUCCUCAAGAUCAAGGACACGGUCCCGGUCGAGGAGGAUCUGAAGAACACGGACGAGAACAUCGAGGACGUCGUUGCGCCGGGAGCGGUCGCUGAGAAGAAGGUCGAUGUCUAAGGAAUUUUUGCGAGGCCCUGUACAUCGCCGCAUUAAUUGUUCUCAUACCGAUUCCAUCGCGGCCUUGACGAUCCAUAUACCUUAAUAGUCUGUAGCUACGCGCCCCGGCGCUGAUUUCUCAUGUCUACUCGUGUCUAGGAACCGGAUCGCGGGCUUGAAUAGCCUGGAGUGGCGUGGGCUGUAGGGCUGUAGGCAGUUACAAUACCAGGCAGACGUAUCGAAAUGUCUCGAAGAGAGGUCAUGAUAUGUGUGUUCUGUUGAGAAGUG